CUGGUGGGUGACACGUAAGUUGAGUGGGAGGCUGUGGCGGCCACGGCCCGGCCAAAGGCAGCGGUCGAAGCGGCAGCCGUCACCCCCUUCUGGCCCAGGCGCGUCUUGCCCCCCAGCCCAGCCCAGCCCAGCCCAGCCCAGCCCAGCCCAGCCCAACCCAGUCCUGCCCAGCCCAGCCGCGAUGCGCCCGGGCUAAGGGGCCGGCCAGCGGACCAGGACCAGCCUCGCUUCCCUUUGUCCUACUCUCACCCUCCUUUAGGUGGCAACAAAGUAGCGCCCGGAGCCGGAGCAGCCCAGCUCCGAGCCGGCCUGUCCGGUCCCUGACCGGUCCGAAGCCUGCCAGCCCAGCCCAACCCGCCAGGAGUCCUCGCGGGCCGGAUCCCGCGGGUGCAGGGAAGCGGUGGUUGAUCGCCAGCUCGGCCGGGCCAGGCGAGGGACCGAAGGAGCCCGGGCAGCUCGCACCGAAGCAUGCGAAGGGCCCCCGCGUGGGCGCCAGCACUCGGGGAGAGCGCACUCAGGAAAAGUUUGCUGCUCCGCGGCUGCCCUAAGGAGUUGGAGUUGGAGCGGCCGUGGCAGUAGCGGUGGCGACGUCGAUGGCAGCCAGUCCAGCAGUGCCAGGGGGCUGAAGCGAGCGCGCGCCGCUGUGCCCCGGGGGUCCUGCAUCGACAGCGCCUCCUCCCUUUUCUCGGACCCGUGCCCAAUGCUGCUGCUGCUGCCGGGAGCUGCAGCCCCCUCCUGCUGCGGCGGCCGCAGCUGUUGAGGCGCUUGGGGCGCAGAGGAGAAGGAGGAGGAGGAGGCUCGGGGGUCCAAGGCAGGGACUAUGGGAAACGGGAUGUGCUCCCGAAAACAGAAACGGAUCUUCCAAACGCUGCUGCUGCUCACCGUGGUGUUCGGCGUCCUCUACGGGGCCAUGCUCUACUACGAGCUGCAGAGCCAGCUGCGCAAAGCUGAGGCGGUGGCGCUCAAGUACCAGCAGCACCAGGAGGCCCUCUCCGCCCAGCUACAAGUUGUAUAUGAACAUAGAUCAAGACUAGAAAAAUCUUUACAGAAGGAGAGACUUGAACACAAGAAAGCAAAAGAAGAUUUUCUGGUUUAUAAAUUAGAAGCACAAGAAACACUAAAUAAAGGAAGGCAAGAUUCCAACAGCAGAUACAGUGCAUUGAAUGUGCAACAUCAGAUGUUGAAAAGUCAGCAUGAGGAGCUGAAGAAGCAACACAGUGACCUAGAGGAGGAACAUCGAAAACAAGGCGAUGACUUCAGUCGAACCUUUAGUGACCACAAGCAGAGAUACCUCCAGCUUCAGCAAGAGAAAGAGCAGGAGCUGUCCAAACUAAAGGAAACAGUUUACAAUUUGCGAGAAGAGAAUAGACAGCUAAGGAAGGCUCACCAAGACAUGCACACGCAGCUUCAAGAUGUAAAGCAACAGCAUAAGAAUUUACUGACCGAGCACGAACACCUAGUAGUGACUUUGGAAGACCACAAGAGCGCGCUAGCUGCUGCGCAGACCCAAGUGGCAGAAUAUAAACAACUGAAGGAUACGCUGAAUAAGAUUCCAAGCUUCCGAAAACCUGAUAGGGUGGAAGAACAAAAUGUGAUCCAGGUCACGCCUUCGCACCAAGGUGAUUUCACUGCCAAAGAGAAGAAAAUAAAUGAGGAUCCAAAGGAGGGUCCUCACGGUCAUGAAAAAUGGCAAGACCCAGAGCAGGCUGCUGGGGAAAGGAGAGCAGAGACCAGACCCUUGCAUCAUUCCACCCCAAGAGAGAUGAAGUUCCACCCUGGAGAUGCACCAAACCAGCAAGACGAGGAGGAGCCCAGAAGACGGGAGGAGCAGGAGCAUCAGGUGGAAGAGGAAAACAAGAGGGAGCUUGAAGAGGAGGCCAUGGAGCAGGUGGGGCAGGCUGAACACCUGGUGGAAGAGCAGGAUCAGGCCACGGAAGAGCAGGAAAGGGGGUGGAAGGAGCAGCAGGAGCAGCAGCGAGAAGAGGAAACCAACCAGCUGACAGAGCAGGCUCGUUCAGAGGCCCGUCCUUCAGAAAAGGCCGUGACAAAGGCUAAAUCAGCUUAUGAGGAACAGUUAGAGCAGCAACAGCUGGCCGCCAGGAGGGCCGAAGAAGCCCGCCAGCUAAGGGAACGGCAGGAGGCUUUGCAUAAGCAAAGACUGCAAGAGCACUUGUUAAGGCAGCAGCGACUUCAAGAGAGAGAAUUGGCCUUGCAACGGCAGGCGGAGCUCGAGGAUGAGCAGCACCGUCAGAAGCGCCUACGGCAGCAAACACGUUAUGAUGCUAUGGAUAAUGAUAUCGUCCAAGGAGCAGAGGAACAGGGAAUCCAAGAGGAAGAAGGGGGUGCCUAUGAACGAGACAACCAGCACCAAGAUGAAACUGAAGAUGAUACACAUAAAGAGAACGAGCCCCAAGGACAAGUGCAGCAAGCAGAUAACCCUGAGCCUGAGCAAGCAGCUGGUGAGGAUAUAAAUCCUGCAGAUGACCCAAAUAAUCAAGGAGAGGAUGAGUUUGAAGAAGCAGAGCAAGUCAGGGAAGAGAACUUGCCCGAUGAGAAUGAGGUGCCCAAGCAGCGCAGCCAGAGGCACAGGAAUGCCGAGAUGGAGGAGCAUUUGGUGAUGGCAGGAAAUCCAGACCAGCAGGAAGAUAAUGUCGAUGAGCAAUACCAGGAAGAGGGCGAAGAGGAGGGUCAAGAAGAUUUGACGGAAGAGAAGAAACGGGAGUUGGAGCAUAACGCCGAAGAGCCCUAUGGGGAAAAUGACGAUAAUGUGGAUGAUAAAAAUAAUGAUGCCCAAGAGCAGGCAGCUCAAGAAGUAAACCGCCGCAAAGGCCAUGAAGAAAACUAUGAGGAGGAAGAGGAGGAAGAGGAAGGCGGGGCCGUGGAGAAAGCUCGUGGACGAGCAGAAAUGUGAUUCACAGAGCUCUGGGGAGACUUAAGCUGAGGGUUCCUCUUCAAGCUGCUCACAAACAAUAUGCCUACUGAACUCUAGGAUAUUUAAUGACAAUUCAGACCUGCAACUUUUUUUUACUUUUGUAUUAGAUGCCCUCAUUCCUUUAUAUGAAUAUAAUAUUUUGAUAUUCUAGGUUAGCGCUUCUUUUGUAUCCAAGCUAAACACUAAGAAAGAGAAACACCUUCAAGAAAAGCCACAGGCUCUGACUCACAUGUCUUCCUUGCUUUCUCUUUUGGGGGGUCAGAAGGGGUGGGGACACUGUCAAGCAUGUUAAUUCUGUAUGUGUUUGUACCAGUUAUUUUCCAAGCAUCUCAAUUCUGACACAUACUCCAUUCCAACAAGCAAUAUAGGGGAAAAAGCAUGUAGACCAUAGAUAAUCACAUUCUCAAGUUCCUAUGUUCAGCUAAGUAAGAAUUUAAAGACUCUUAAGUUAUAAGGAAGGUGCUGACCUGCAUUGGUGGAGAGUAUUUGCUCUCCUAGGAAUCCCUAUACCAGUGAUAUCUGUAACCAUAUAUUAUUUCACUUUGUUUUUUUCAGAAAAUUUUAUUUAGCCUUAGUCUGAUUGCAAUAUCAGAUGCCCAAGCAGGGUAGUAUAUACUUGACCAAGCCUCUAAUUUUCUUAUAUGGCCAAUGUCUUUUUUGGACAAUCAGACUUAGUAGUGAAAGAGAGUGAGUGGGGCCGCUAGGUGGCCAGUGCAUAGAGCACUUGCCCUGGAUUCAGGAGGACCUCAAUUCAGAUCCAGUCUCAGACACUUGACACACUUACCAGCUGUGUGACUCUGGGCAAGUCCCUUAACCCCAAUUGCCUCACCAAGAAAAGUGGGGGGGGGGCGGGGGAGGGGGGGAGUAAUUUCCCAUUGCUUCUUCUGAAGAAUGCGCCACACUGUAAUCACCUGAGGAGCAACUGGGUCAAAUAGCAGGAGUAAGCCAGUGGCACUAGGAUGAUGUGUAGAGCACUUAGCUAAGUGAUUUCGAUGGUCAAGGGAGGCAGGGUGAACCAGCACCUUCGAGGUGUUUUGUUUUUUCGAAAGAGGCUUGGUGCAUUUCUCUUCGGCAGUUUUCUUUUGUUCCCCACCAUUCAUGUUGAGUACUUUGACUCUGUUCUUUCUGGAAUUAGAUGGCAGCAUCGGUGGGAUCGAGGUUGUGCUCAGUCUAUCUUUGCCAUUUUUCAGAUCACUUUGCUAUCACUUAAGGAACUUAAGCGGCAAUUGUCAAAAUGUAGCCCAUCAGAUUGAAGAUAUAUUUCCCUAAGCAUACCAUUUAACAUAAUCGUUUUGCAUGGAACUAUAUAUAGCAAGGCAUUAUACAUUCAAAUAUAAUACACUCAUGACUUUUGUUGGCAACAGUUACGUCUGCUUUCUCUCCUCCCCCUCUGACCCCCAUAUAUAAGGCAUGAUGGUAAUUCUGAAUUAAUGAAACCCUUUACAAAGUCAGAAUUUCCCAGAAUGUUCUGUUUUUGGAAAUUGAGUGUUUUGUACAUUCAACAGAUACAUCCUGCCAUAAAAUGAAUCAUCCCUUUAGGAUGCACGGGCCAGUGUUUCCUGGAUUUGGUUGUGGGCUAUGACGGUGGAGGUCACUUCAUCCAAGGGGCCUGGAAAGAAGACACUUUCUAAGAGGAGAAGACUGCCAAGGGGUGCUUGAGGGCUGUGAUUCCUCCCAGAUUAUUGCCAGCUUUUACUAACAUGUAAAUGUUAGAGUUGGCUUAUUUCAGAAAAGAAAAAAAAUAUCAAACCAUCUAAAUAAGAGCCUCUUCCAAUUCACCUUCCAUUAAGUUUUCUUAAAAUGCAUUUCUGUUCCAUAGAGGACUAUGUUUGUUUCAAAGCUGGAUAUAAAUGCCACCAGCAAUAAGGGGUUAAAUGUAUAAGCAGACAUUUUUUUACAAACCCAUAUACUUUUGUAAUUUGUAGUAAUUCUUUCUGAGUAAUGAAAAAUGUUCUGUUCUUACGAUUUUGAUAUUAAUGUAAAUUUACCCUUUAAAAAAGGGCAACUAACUUUAUGUUCAUUUCUAGUUUUGCCUGUUCCUGGCUGUGUGUUUUUGUAAUUAUGCAUAGAAAGGUUUCAUUCAAAUGUAUUUUGGGGUUUUCUAGGAAUCAUAAAUCAACUUUUACCUUAUGUAUAAAAACUCUCUGUAAUGUAAAAUGUAUAAUAUUGUACAUAAUCUUCAGAAUACAAUUAUUUUGGUAAAUUAGUUUGUAUUUUAAUGUCCCAGUGGCAAUAUUUAAUUAUUUGAGGCAUAAUAGAAUUUGGUUACAGAUAAUAAAAUCCAAA